UUCACUUUCACUUUCCACUUUAAUGCACUGGGGAAGGAAAUGGCAGCUCACUCCGUAUUCUUGCUUGGAGAAUCCCAGGGACAGAGGAGCCUGGUGGGCUGCCGUCUAUGGGGUCGCACAGAGUCGGAUACGACUGACGCGACUUAGCAGCGCAGCAGCAGCAGUUCGCCACCUGUGACCGCUGCCUGCGUCGGGUGCCUCGGGGUCCUUUGGGUCCCGUGAGUCAUAUGUCCUCUUUCCCACUGAUUUCCCCGUAUUCCCUUCCUUGGCCGCCAGCCUCGGUCGACUGGGAACAAGGACUGCUAGUGGGCGGGUCGCUCUUCAGGGUGUGUUGCGGCAGCGUUGGCAACGCUGUUGCGUACUUAAAUAAUGGCGCCGAGGUCGGGGCUGCGUUGCGUGGUGUGUUUUCCGGUUCUCCGUUGCUGUCUGCAGCUAAGCGGAUAGCAGGCAUUGGUGGCGUACCUAUUAGAGUUGCUUGGUUUCGCGACCUGGGCUGUCUGGCAUCAGUGAUGUGGACGACAACUUGCGGAUUGGAGGGCUUCCCUCCUGCCUCAGAGCUAAAGAAUUUGGCUGCAAAGCAGAAGACUCCUGGGUCUGGAAGAUCCCCUGGAGGAGGAAAUUACAACCGACUACAAUAGUCUUGCCUGGAGAAUUCCGUGGACAGAGGAGCCAUAAGGUUGCAAAGAGUCGACUCGACUGAGCGACUAUCCAUACACAGGUCUUGGUAUAGAAAUGACAGUGGAGCAUUACAUUGUUUAUCUGGUGAAAGGAAAAUCUCAGUCUCUAUUAGGAUGGAAAAAUCCUUCUUCUGGGAUGAGUUUGAGAGUUUUUCACAACGACUGUGCUACAUACAGUUAUAUGGUUUUCGGAGACGUGGAGUUGAGAAUUGCAGGGAAAGAGCCUGGAUAACGCAACACUUUUUCUGUUAAUUUAAACUUGAAGCGUUUGUUUCUCUUUGAGCCUAUAAAAUAAAAUUUUUGUAGUGUCUUCUGUGAACUUCAAAGUUUCAUGAACUUUACAUUUGAACAAAGUGCGAAGAAUUUAUUCCACCUGUGUCUGAAGUGAGAUUAUUUUGUCUCUAUAUGAAGGUGUGAAUACUUCACACUUGGCUUUUUUCUCUCUCUCCUUGUAUUCUGAAAAACAGAUUAAGUUCUUGCGGGAUUGUGACAAAAACAACAAAAAAAAAACUGGAUGCAUAGUACUCUUAAGAAUUUGGAAUUUCACAGUGGGUACUUCCUCCAAAGACAAACAUGAUUUUUAAAAAAGGGGUAACUCUGCAGUUUAGGACAUUCUAAUAAAGAAGAGAAAUAUUAUUUUACGUAGAAAAAGGAGAAGUUGGGGACAAUUUUUGAAUGAAAGUCUUUAGGAGAAAAGUGAGAGUUUAGCAUGAUAAUUUCUCACUCGCUGAGCUUAUGGAGAAUCACAAUGGAAGAAUCUAGAAUUUGCCGAGUAGGAGUAAAACCAGAUAUGUUGCAUCACUGUCAAUCAAAUGAUAUUCCUCAGUGUAAUGACUCAAAUUAUGGUAGCACAUCUAACAAGCAUUCAGUGGAAGAGGAUGAAAGCAGUAACAUUACAGCAAAGAGCAGGGAUUUACUGAGCCCAGUGUACUGCACACAAGAGUCAAGAGAGGAAACUCCAGGGCCAGGAGCUGGAGCAGAUCCCUCUGGUGGUCAACAAGAUUCAGAGUGCCGCAAAAACAAAGAAAAAAUCUUAGGAAAAGAAGUAUUAUUAUUGAUGCAAGCCUUAAACACUCUUUCAACUCCAGAGGAGAAGCUGGCAGCUCUGUGUAAGAAAUACGCUGAUCUUCUGGAAGAAAGCAGGAAUGUUCAGAAGCAAAUGAAGAUUUUGCAGAAGAAGCAAGCCCAGAUUGUGAAAGAGAAAGUCCAUUUGCAGCGUGAGCACAGCAAGGCUAUCUUGGCAAGAAGCAAACUUGAAUCUCUUUGCAGGGAACUCCAGCGUCACAGUAAGACAUUAAAGGAAGAAAAUAUGCAGCAUGCAAGAGAAGAAGAAGAAAGACGUAAAGAAGCAACUGCACAUUUCCAGUUUACUUUGAAUGAAAUCCAGGCACAACUAAAACAACAUGACAUACACAGUGUAAAACUCCGCCAGGAAAACACUGAACUGGGAGAGAAACUUAAGAAGCUUAUUGAACAGUAUGCACUGAGGGAAGAGCAUGUUGGUAAAGUGUUCAAACACAAAGAAUUGCAACAGCACUUUGUGGAUGCCAAACUUCAGCAAACAACACAACUUAUAAAGGAAGCUGAUGAAAAACAUCAAAGAGAAAGAGAGUUUUUGUUAAAAGAAGCCACAGAUUCAAGGCACAAAUACGAAGAAAUGAAACAGCAAGAACUACAAUUAAAACAACAGCUUUCUCUUUAUAUGGAUAAGUUUGAAGAAUUCCAGACUACCAUGGAAAAAAGCAAUGAACUCUUUACAACCUUCAGGCAGGAAAUGGAAAAGAUGACAAAGAAAAUGAAAAAACUCGAAAAAGAAGUGAUAAUGUGGCGUACCAAAUGGGAAAAUAAUAAUAAAAUACUUCUGGAAAUGGCUGAAGAGAAAACUGCCCGUGAUAAAAAGUACAAGGUCUUUCAGAUAAAGCUGGAACGACUAGAGAAGCUGUAUAGAGCUCUUCAGAUGGAAAGAAAUGAGCUCAAUGAAAAGGUGCAAGUCCUGAGAGAGCAGCUCUCUGUAAAAGCAUCAGAUGUAGAUUCAGCAAUGCCUAUGAUACAGCCCUGCACUGCUCUUGAUUCUCAGAAAGAGGUGAUCACCCACUCUAAAAGAUCUCCAGGAGGCAAACUGGGGGUUGAAUCCAAAGGAACAAAUGAAGCAAAAUGCAGUUUAAAUGACCCUUUUUAUGUGAUCUCUUCUGGGCAUUGACUCUGUUGACUAAGAUGAAGUAUGAUCACUGUAUUGAGAGAUAUAUUUUGUGUAUAACUUUUAUGUAGUAGUUCUUAUUCUUUUUGUGAUGAAUUUUUUUUUUUUUUUUUUUUUUUACCAUAUAUGUAUUUUCUUAGCUGUUGGACUGUAUGAUACAGGAGACUGCUUAGCUGUCUGCAUUGUUUGAUGUAUACAUUUUCUACUCCUUUAUUGUAUACAUUUGCCUUAUUUUUCCUGUAUUGGAAUGCAUGUACUCAUUACCUUGUCCUUUUAAUUACUUCUGUUUAUUUGCUCAUUGCCUUAUCCCUGCCUCUUGAAUAUAAUUAUCAGAAUUAAAGUGAGAAUUAUUCUGAUAAUGGCUCCUCUAUGUAGAAAUUAAUACCAAUUUAACUCUAGUUCAUUAAUAUAAAAGAGAAAAAAGUAAAGAUGAUUACUUUUGACCAGUAACUCAUUUAAAAGUCAGGUGAAAAUAAAAGUGCAGUAUGGGAUAUGAAACAAGCAAAGCAUGUUUGAUUCAUAUUAGUUUUUGAUAACAUUUUCAUCACUUGACAAACUGAGAUAACUGCAAAUUUUCAGUCCUACAAAAUUGCGGCAGAAUAUGUGUAUGAGAUACCAUUUGUUUGGAAAGCAUUAUAUUCAGGCAAGUCACUGGACAAAGGCUGAAAGUUUAUAAGACUUAAAAAUAUUUGUUUUAGUUUUACAUUGGAACAUAUGCUUGAAGAAAAAAAAUCAGUAUUUAGGUGUUCGCAUUUACAGUGGGAAAAUUUCUGAAGUUCGAAUUUUGUUCUUUACUUCAUUAGUUUGAUGUAGAAAAGCUAAAUAAUCUUACUUGUAUGUUUCUGUCACAUUGGGAUGUAAAAGUGCUUAAAAAUUGAAUUGUCUCAUAGGAAAGAGCCCGUAAUGUGAAAUAGUUAAAAAUUUCCAUCACUUACCUUGAUGAUCAAGGGUAUAGACAGUAAAGCAAAGAAUGUAUAUGAAAACUGACUAAUUAAUCUGCAAAAAUAACAAAGCCAAAUAUAGUAGUUUAACAGAUUUUUUAUAGUACCUCCUUUAGUUACUAAAGGGCUUCUCCUUCUCCAGGGUAUGCCUGGUGGCUUAGACAUUAAAAAAAACCUGCUUCCCAGUGCAGGAGAUGCAAGAGAUGCAGGUUUACUCCCUCCAGUAUUCUUGCCUGGAGAAUCCCAUGGACAGAGGAGCCUGGUGGCUUACAGUCCACGGGAUCUCAAAGAGCUGGACAGAACUGAACAAUUACCACUUAGGUUACUAACUGAAAAUAUUGGACCCACUUCUGUGAGAGAGAAAAUAAAGAUAUGUGCUAGAAAUUAAGAUUUUUCUUAAGAGUAAUAUGACUGAUGGUAUUUCACUAGCACCCUGCUGCUUAUAAGAUAUUGAUUGACAUUUAAGGUUGAGGUAGUUGUGUUGCCUGCUACACUUCUUUGUGGCACUUGUUUCUAUGUAAGGUAAAUCUUGGGCUGAAUUCAGGGUGGUUGACAGGAGUUAAUUCAGUUUUGGGGAUACUAGGUAUAUUAGGUAUUGUGUAAAAUAAUAUAGAUAGUAAAAAUAUGUAAAUUCUAUGGGAUGCAUUUGGUUUCUCUUCACAGUUUUGCCUCUGACUGUCACUGUACCACCUUUGAUUCUUCAACCGUUGUUUGAAAAUACUUUAACUGGCUGAUGAAAAGUUGCCAUGUAAUUAAAUUGUGCUUGCUUUACCAUUUUAGGGAAUCUUCUAGAGUGUAAAAUCUAUAGUGGCAGUGGAUACCAAAGUACACAAAAAACGAGGGUGUAGAAUAACUUAAUUGACCAUUAUAUUUUAAGUUGUGUAGGAUGCCAUUUUGUGGUUAGGAGCCCAGUAUUUUUUUUUUUUUUUCUUUUAUCUUUUGAUUGUCACAUUUCUCAGGUGCUGCAGAAAUAUCUACCUCUUUCAAGCUGUAAAUAGAAAAUUACUGAAAAUGCUAAAUACACUCCUAUUUUUAUAACAUACAUUUUUCUGAGGAUAAAAGAUUAAUGAGGCUGUCACUUUGCUUUUCAAAGACGUUUUGUAGCUAUUUCACAAAUGUGAAUUUUACCUGCUCUGUUAAAGGUAGAGUAAAUCUGUGAUGACUAAUAUAACAGUCUCUGUGUAUUCUUUACACUUAAUGUGACUUCAUGUUACAGUGAUCAGCUGCAAAGCUAACUGUAAAAUGAUUUUUCUGCCCUUGGAAACAUAGGUAAUUACUGCAUCUUUUAGGUAAGUUGGGGUGAAGGAGACUACUCCCUGAUUGACCAGCAGAAGUCAGUUUAUUUAGCCAACUUCUGUUAGCACCUUAGUUUCUUUUCUUGUAAAGUAUGUGUUUUAGGGGACUUCCCUUGUAGUAGUGGUUAAGGCUUUGCCUUCCAGUGCAGCUGGUGCCAGUUCAAUCCCUGGUUAGAGAAACAAUAUUGUAACAAAUUCAGUAAAGACUUAAAAAAAAUCAAAGAAAGGAAAACAUCUUUUGAGUAGAUAUUUAGAAAGUAUCUGUAGUGUGACAUCUGCCAACACUUUGAUUUUCUCUAGUUUUA